GAAAUUAUUGCUAUUAUCUUUAGUCCAUUUCCUUAUUACUGUCGGAUGUCUCUAAAAAGGUUAGUAUAUUAGCAAAGUGAAAAUGAACCCAUCUACACCUGUUUAUGUUCCAUCUGUGUUGACGAGUGACGUCUGCAACGAAGCGGAGUUUAUUUUCAAUAUGUUGCAGAACAAAGAAAAAUUAGUGUCCUUUCUCGAUUGCACCACUAUUUUGCGAGGAAUGGGUAUGAAUCCAAAUCAAGCUGACAUGGACCGGCUAAAAUCACUCAUGGAGGAACCUAUUGUGCGCCUGGAGCAAUGGCGUCGUGAGGAGGAGCUAAAGCGUGAAAAGGAGAGGCGCCGCGAAGAGGCCAGAGAGCGCAAAGGAGGUCUUAUGAAGUCCGCUUUAAAGUCCAAUCCUAAGCGUAAAUCCAUCGUUGAGAAGGCGAUUGAAGCAUCUGCAGAGAAUGAGAGACAGGUCAAAAUAGUACCCAUGGAGGAAGUAAAAAAUAUUGAUUGGAAUAUCUUUAUUUCCUGUGCUGAGGAGAUCUAUCGAGAUUCUUUAGUUGAAGAGAAGCAGGUACUUGAGGCGUUAAAGGUUUUUGCAGAGAAAGACAUCUCACAGAAAUUGGUGAUGUCUCAAGAAAAGCUGAUUAAGAUGCUCAUUUCUAACGGAGAUAAUGUGUUGACUCCUGCCGAAAUCAAGCAACUAAAGUCGCUCCUUCCAGAGGAGUGUGAAUUAGUAGAGCUGGCCAAGCGUAUUCAGGGUACCUACGUCGCGCCUACCCAAAGUGAACUAAAUCGCCUAGCUUUGGAGCAAGCGAAAGCUUUACAAAAGAAGGAAGGUGACGACAAAGGUGUUGUAUCUGAAAUGGAUGAUCCACUAUACGGGAUUUAGUGAUAUGCCCUGGGUUGGACUUUAUGUGAAACAUAUACCCUAUUCUUUGCCAUAUGUAUGUUAUGCGCUUGUUAUCUUUUCAGUCGAUUUCCCAA